CGGCGCUCCCUGGGCGGCCGGAAACCCCGGCACCUGGAUCUCGCGGCCUGGCGUGUUCUGGGCAUGCUCAGUGGCCUAGCAGGUGGGGCAGCCGCGGGACUCCUGGGCCUGCGGGGAGCUGAGGGGCGGGUGAGAGAGGAAAGUGGGCGGGAAGCCUCAGGACUCGUCGCUGGAGUGGCCGGCAGCUGCCGGGCGCCGUCUGGGGGGGACCCUGCGCGGGCCGGUCGGGAUGAGCCAUGGCAUCGGUCAAGGUGGCCGUGAGGGUCCGGCCCAUGAAUCGCAGGGAAAAGGACUUGGAGGCCAAGUUCAUUAUUCAAAUGGAGAAAAGCAAAACAACAAUCACAAACUUAAAGAUACCGGAAGGAGGGACUGGAGAUUCAGGAAGAGAACGGACCAAGACCUUCACCUAUGACUUCUCUUUUUAUUCUGCUGAUACAAAAAGUCCAGAUUAUGUCUCACAAGAAAUGGUCUUCAAAACCCUGGGCACAGAUGUUGUGAAAUCCGCAUUUGAAGGUUAUAAUGCUUGUGUCUUUGCAUAUGGGCAGACUGGAUCUGGGAAGUCCUACACCAUGAUGGGCAGCUCUGGUGACUCUGGCCUAAUACCUCGCAUCUGUGAGGGACUCUUCAGUCGGAUAAAUGAAACCACCCGAUGGGAUGAAGCAUCGUUCCGAACGGAAGUCAGCUAUUUAGAAAUUUACAAUGAACGGGUGAGAGAUCUGCUUAGGCGGAAGUCAUCUAAAACCUUCAAUUUAAGAGUCCGGGAGCAUCCCAAAGAAGGCCCUUAUGUUGAAGAUUUAUCCAAACAUCUGGUACAGAAUUACAGCGAUGUGGAAGAACUUAUGGAGGCAGGAAAUAUCAAUCGUACCACGGCUGCAACUGGCAUGAAUGAUGUCAGCAGCAGGUCUCAUGCCAUUUUCACGAUCAAGUUCACUCAGGCAAAAUUUGACUCUGAAAUGCCGUGUGAAACAGUGAGCAAGAUCCACUUAGUUGAUCUGGCUGGAAGCGAGCGCGCGGAUGCUACCGGUGCCACCGGGGUUAGGCUGAAGGAAGGGGGAAACAUUAACAAGUCCCUCGUGACUCUGGGGAACGUCAUUUCUGCCUUAGCUGAUCUAUCUCAGGAUGCAGCAAACUCUCUUGUGAAAAAGAAGCAAGUCUUCGUGCCUUACAGGGAUUCUGUUUUGACUUGGUUGCUGAAAGAUAGCCUUGGAGGAAACUCUAAAACCAUCAUGAUUGCCACCAUUUCACCUGCUGAUGUCAAUUACGGAGAAACCCUGAGUACUCUUCGCUAUGCAAAUAGAGCCAAAAACAUCAUCAACAAGCCUACCAUUAAUGAGGAUGCCAACGUCAAGCUCAUCCGUGAACUGCGAGCUGAAAUCGCCAGGCUGAAAAUGUUGCUUGCUCAAGGGAAUCAGAUUGCUCUGCUGGACUCCCCCACAGCUCUAAGUAUGGAGGAAAAACUUCAGCAGAAUGAAGCAAGAGUUCAAGAGUUGACCAAGGAAUGGACAAACAAAUGGAACGAAACUCAAAAUAUUUUGAAAGAACAAACCCUAGCCCUUAGAAAAGAAGGGAUUGGAGUUGUUUUGGAUUCUGAACUCCCACAUUUGAUUGGCAUUGAUGAUGACCUUCUGAGCACUGGAAUCAUCCUAUAUCACUUGAAGGAAGGUCAGACAUAUGUCGGUAGAGAAGAUGCUUCAACCGAGCAAGAUAUUGUUCUCCAUGGCCUUGACUUGGAGAGCGAGCACUGCAUCUUUGAGAAUGCUGGGGGCGUCGUGACUCUCACCCCACUGAGGGGGUCUCAGUGCUCCGUCAAUGGUGUCCAGAUCACAGAGGCCACGCACCUAAAUCAAGGUGCCGUGAUACUCUUGGGCAGAACUAAUAUGUUUCGGUUUAAUCAUCCAAAGGAGGCUGCCAAACUCAGGGAGAAGAGAAAGAGUGGCCUUCUGUCCUCCUUCAGCUUGUCCAUGACCGACUUCUCCAAGUCCCGUGAGAACCUGUCCGCCGUUAUGUUGUAUAAUCCCGGUCUUUUACCUAUAAAAGGACCCAUCUGUCUAAGACUUGAAUUUGAAAGGCAACAGCGUGAAGAACUGGAGAAAUUAGAAAGUAAAAGGAAACUCAUAGAAGAAAUGGAAGAAAAGCAGAAAUCAGACAAGGCCGAGCUGGAGCGAAUGCAGCAGGAGGUGGAGACCCAGCGCAAGGAGACGGAGAUCGUGCAGCGUCAGAUUCGCAAGCAGGAGGAGAGCCUCAAGCGGCGCAGCUUCCACAUUGAGAACAGGCUCAAGGAUCUGCUCGCCGAGAAGGAGAAGUUCGAAGAGGAGAGGCUCCGGGAGCAGCAGGAGAUGGAGCUGCAGAAGAAGAAGCAAGAAGAAGAGGGCCUUCUCCGCCUCAGGGCGGAGCUGCAGAGGCUGCAAGAACUCAACAACAGCGAGAAGCUUCAGCUGUUUCAAGAGCUGGACCAGCUCCAGAGGGCAAAAGAUGAGCAGCGUGCCAAGCUGGAACUGGAAAAGAGGAGGCUGGAGGAGCAAGAGAGGGAGGAGACCUUGCUUGUGGCCCACCUCGAGGAACAGCUGCGAGAGAAGCAGGAGAUGACCCAGCUGCUGCGGCUUGGCGAGGUGCAGCGGGCGGAGGAGGAGAAGAAGGACCUGGAGGAAAUCCGGGAGGCCCUCUUGCGCGUGAGGGAGGCCGGGGCCGGAGGCGACGGCGAGGAGGAGCUGGAGAAGGCCCAGCUGCGCUUCUUGGAUUUCAAGAGAAGGCAGCUGGUCAAGCUGGCGAAUUUGGAGAAAGACCUAGCCCAGCGGCAAGACCUGCUUAGGAAAGAAGUUGAGGAGGACCAGGAAAUCCUGGGGCAUUUAAAAAGGGUACAUGAUGAUGAAGAGUCAAGAGUGUGGGCAGAAAGUGACGAGAGGGCGGCAAAGGUCUCCCACGCAGCUCCAGAUUUAGAGAAAAUAAAGCCAGUGGAGAGCAGGUUGCAAUAUAAGGAACGCCAGCUGCAGUACCUCCUGCAGAACCAUUUGCCAGCGCUGUUGGAUGAAAAGCAGAGAGCGUUUGAAAUCCUCGACAGAGGCGUGCUGGGCUUGGACACCAUUCUUUAUCAAGUCGAGAAAGAGAUGGAGGAGAAAGAAGACCAGCUCGCCCGAUACCAAGCCAGCACCAGCCAGCUGCAGAGGCUCCAAGCCACCUUUGAGUUCACGGCCAACGUGGCCCGGCAGGAGGAGAAAGUGAGAAGCAAGGAAAAGGAGAUUCUGGCUUCCCAGGAGAAGCAGCAGAAAGAGGCGUUGGAACGGGCUCUGGCCAAGCUGGAGAGGAGGCACUCGGCCCUGCGGAGGCGCUCUGCACUGGGUGUGGAAAUCCAAGAACAGAAGCAGAAGCUUGCCACCCUGCAGGACAGCACAGAGCAAGCCGGGCUCCACGCCGGCCUGCAGGCAACAGAGCAACAGGCCCUGGAGAAGGACCGUGAGAGAAUAGAGCAUGAAAUCCAAAAGCUGAAGGAAAAGAUCUGUGAGGUCGAUGGUGCCCAAAGAGAUCAUCCUGGGGUGCUGGAGAGGAAGGCUGCUGCUGCCGACUCGCCAUCCAGUGCUGAAAAACCACACCUGAUGCCCCUGAUGGAUGCCAGGAUCAAUGCUUACAUCGAAGAAGAAGUUCAAAGGCGUCUUCAGGAUCUUCAUCGUGGGCUGAGUGAGGACAGCGCCACCCCUGUGGAUGUGAGGAAGGAUAAUGAGAAACUUCACAAUGGCACCAUUCAACGUAAGCUAAAAUAUGAGAACAAGCAGUCUUGGCUGGCACGGUGUCUUGCCCCACCUCUGUCCACAGAAGCCAUCGGUGCCCCCUGCAUCCUCAGAGAUGCAAGGAAGGAGGUGGACCCGAGCAACUACUGCAGUCGUCCCAUGAUGCAGAGCACCUCAGAUUCUGAAACUUCCUCCUCAGCAUCACGAGAGAGAGCUUGGCAGCCCAGAGAUCAGCCCCUGGUCCCUGAGGUGCUACGGGACAGGGCACGCCAAUAUCUCCCUCCUGGACAUGCUGGCCUUUUUGAACCCAAGCAUUUGCAUCCAUCUGUACUCUCUGUUCUCAGCAAAGGCAACACCAGUGAUGCUGAAGCUGUUCAGGGAAAGGCAGAACAUUUCAGCAAGCUGGUGUCUCAUCAAGAAGGACCCAGCCUGGGUGUUGAGUCCGGCUGGACUUGGCUGCACCAUGCAUCCCAGGAAGUGUCUCUAAAUGGUGGGAACCUGCAGGCCAAGCAGAGCAAACUGCUCUGCUUUAUUCUCUCAGAGAACAUCUCUCAGGAGGAGGUGGCAACUGCCAGUCCUCCUGGGAGCACAGCAGCCCCCAGCUGUCAUGAGCAGCAGGAUGAGAAAGAGUUGGCUGCUGCAAACAUUAGCUCUUCUGAGUCACUGACAAAUAUUGGGACAGAAGGGAAGUAUGGACUGGGGUAUUUUUACCACAAGUUCUCAGACCUUUAUAAAGGUACCAGCCAUCAGCUGUUACAGGCUGGCACAAAGGUGAUGCACCAAGCCAGGCAUGUGGGCAACUUAUGGGACUCAAGUGGGCUCACUUCCCACGUGAGGACUUUAAUCAGAAACCUGCCAAUUAUGAAGCACUUACCCAUGGACGUGCCCUCGAAGCUAUAUGCGGUGGCAGCAUUAGGAGCUGAUGCUUUCCCCAAAGCUCAGGUUGUCAAUAAUGGUGAAGAGGCAGGGAGCCCAAGGCAGGCAGAGAGCAGUGUGUCCCACUUAGCCUUUGUAGCUUCAGAAUUGCCUGGUGAAUCACCCAGCUCAGUUUUCUGCCUUGGACAUGACAGUGCUAGGAAGUGUUGUGCAUAUAAGCAGACCCUUGUGCAAUUCCCAGACCCAAUGAUGCACCUUCAAGAGCGCCCUGUAACAGACUUAGUUGAACACAUGUCUCAUUGCCUCCCGGAACCUCUGGGAGGUGUGAGUGAAGUCAGAGGCAUUUACUGGCUUGCUGUUGCUAACUGCACGAAACCCGAUCCCCAGCCAGCGUGCCUGCUCCUGCUUUCCUCAGCCUUGAUUGCUUUGGUUCUGGUGGAUAAUCACCCAGGCACCAUGACCGUUUUUCACACUCUUCCUUUCUCUGGAUUACGGGAGAUUCAAGUUGGCUUUGGUGGACAGAGUGUCCGGUGCCUAGGCUCUACUACAGAUCUCUUGCUCACAGUGUUGAGUUACAGCAAACACCUCUCUCAGCAGCUGUGCCGUGACCUCCUGAGCGUCCUGACCCCAGAGUCUGAAGCAGUGGCUUGUGCCAGCCAUCCUUUGCUCCAGCAAGAUCUGGUUCAGCUCUCCCUCGAUUGGAAAGCAGAAAUCCCUGAUUUAGUUUUGGCAAAUGGCAUUCAGUUUUCUUCCAAGUUCCAGACAACCAUGGUGGAUAUGAUUUACUUUCUUCACGGAAACAUGGACACCAGCAUCCCCUCCCUGGCAGAGGUGCAGUUGCUGCUGUACACCACGGUCAGGGCGGAAGGGCAGCCUGGCCAUGGCUGCAGCUCGCUGCUGCUGCUCAACACCCACAUUGCACUCAUGAACGAAGAUUGCGUUUUCUACCCACCCUCCCGGUCCCUCAACAUGUCUCCUCCACGCUCACAGUUUGAUGUAAUCAAAUGCCGUGCUUUAAGUGAGUUCAGAUGUGUUGUUGUUCCAGAGAAGAAGAAUGUCUUGAGAGUAGAACUGAUCUUCUCACAAAAACUUGGACUUACCUCGGGUACCAGGGAGAGUCGAGAGGCUAUGCACAUCCAUUUGCAUCCUUGGGGUCAUCAGAAUGAGGCACCUGAUGUCUGGACAAUAACAUUCAAUUCUGAAGAUGAGGCUGUUUGGCUCAUCUCAUACCUGACCAGAUCCUAGGGAGAAGACCAGGUGUUGGAGAUGCACUACGUAUAUUUUUAAAAA